AUGGCACUUUGUAAAAUUAUCGCUUUGCUGUGUCCAUUUCUUUUCUUCGCCCAAAUUUGUUCAAUGCCAACGAACUGCACACUGCGGCGGGACCUCGUGAAAAGAUCUCACAGUCUGCUUGAGAAUAUGGGAGGUCUUUUUCCUCGUGAAUGCUUGAGAGAAAACGUCAGAAUAACCUUCCCGAAAUCUGCGCUGCAAUCAAAUGACUCCAAUCAGAACAUUGGUGUAGCAAAGGCAAAGUAUAAAAUCAUGGAGCACAUUGACUACCUGUUUGCUAACGAUAGUCAUCCAGAAUCCUGGAACCAGAAGAAAGUGGAGCACCUCCAAAACAUAGUUUAUCGCAUCGUAAUUUACGACUACAAAUGUAUUAUGGAGAGAAAGCAGCGACCCGUGGAUGAUUUUCCCACAAGGGAAGAUGCACUGAAAACCUACUUUGAUAAACUGGCCACUCUCCUCAGAAACAAGGACUACAGUGUCUGCGCCUGGGAGAUGGUUCGAAAAGAGCUCCUGCAUGUUCUUGAACUUAUGCUUAAACUUAAAUAA